CAACUAAAUAUUAGCAUAUAAAAAGCAAUUGAGCAAAAAGUUACUAAGUUAAUAAAAACAAUUAGAAUAUAAUUAAACAUGGGAUUUUGGACUGAUAAAGAUAAAUAAGAAAACUAAAAUAGUUAAGGAUAGAACUUUUAAUAGGAUAGUUAGUUCUUUUCUAACCAAUUUAGUACAUUUAGACAAUGCAAAAAUGAUCCUAAUGAUAAGAAGUUUUUGAUAUGCAAAAAUAUUACUUAAGAAUAUAAAGAUGGCUAAUUUGAAACAAAAGAAAGCGAAGAAGAAAGAAUUCCAGCUGAUUAAUUCUAUAAUAAUAUGUCAAAUCCAUUUUAGGGUAUAAGUCCAUUUUUUGGAAUUAUGGAUAGUUUACUAAAUAACACUUUCAAUUCAAUCAAGCAUGAUUUCGAAAGUUUAGAAAAUAAUAUGCAAUAGUAAAAAGAUGAUGGUUUCUUUGGUAGAAUCAAAUCUUUCUUUAACGAUGAUACUUUCUAAAAAGACGUAUAAAACUAUUAUAAAUCCUUUUAGAGUAAUUUACAAAGAGAUUCGAACAAUAAUUAACAGGAAAAUAAUCCUUAGCAAUUGUUUAAGCAAACUUUUUCUAGAAGUUCAAGUUCUAGAAGUUGUAAAUAGGAUCCUGAAGAUGAAUAAUUUUUAAUUUGCACUACAACAACUAAAAAAAAUAUCGAUGGAUAAGAAUCAACUGAAGUUAAUGAAGAACGUGUCCCUAAAAGGUAAAAUUUCAACUAAAACAGUGUUGAAGACAUUUUUAAAGAAAUAAAUGUUCCUGGCUUAUUCUUUUAAUCGCCAUUAUUUAUGCCAUUUCCUAAUAUGGGCCAAAAUGUAGAUCCUUUCGCAGCAAAUUCUAAUUUUAAUAACUAAAGCUAAGAAUAAAGAUAAAAUGAUAAUUUUUCUAGAAAUUCAAGAUAGAAUUCUGAGAAUAAUUAUAAAUAUCCUCAAUAUGAAGAAAAGAAACCCAAACAACAAAGUGGUAUUUAUGAUCUCUGA